AGAAAAUCACAUUAUCUGUUGUUAGAUCUACGAUCCAUCCCCCAUCAACACCCCCAGUCAAUCCACGUCUCCGGUGCAGGAGGCAUGGAUAUCACCGUCGCUACCCGGAGCCCUCUUCUCGCCGCUUGUUCCCACUCUACACUUUCUCGCCCGGCUCUGUCUUUGAGGUCGCAGUCGAUCCGACCUCGCCGGAGGAAUGCUACGGCCGUCAGAAAUGCCCUUGCCACUGAGCAGGAGGUUGAAGCAAAAGUCUCCCUUGUGAGAAUCGGCACCAGGGGGAGUCCAUUAGCUCUUGCCCAGGCUUUUGAGACACGAGACAAACUUAUGGCAACACACUCUGAGCUAGCUGAAGAAGGAGCUAUAGAAAUAGUAACAAUUAAAACCACAGGAGAUAAAAUCCUCAAUCAACCACUAGCUGACAUAGGUGGCAAAGGCUUAUUCACAAAAGAGAUAGAUGAGGCACUCUUGGAGGGUAAAAUUGACAUUGCUGUUCAUUCGAUGAAGGAUGUUCCAACAUAUCUCCCUGAUGGGACAAUAUUGCCUUGCAAUCUUCCUCGAGAAGAUGUAAGGGAUGCAUUCAUAUCUUUGAUUGCAAAAUCACUUGCAGAACUUCAACCUGAAAGUGUUGUUGGAAGUGCUUCUCUACGGAGACAAUCUCAAAUACUCUACAGAUAUCCUAACCUCAAAGUUGUAAACUUCCGUGGCAAUGUACAAACAAGGUUGAGGAAACUUGAGGAAGGGAAGGUUCAAGCAACAUUAUUGGCAUUGGCAGGGCUCAAACGAUUAAAUAUGACGGAGAAUGUUACGGCAAUACUGUCUAUAGAAGAAAUGCUCCCAGCAAUUGCUCAAGGCGCCAUUGGGAUCGCUUGUAGAAGCAAUGAUGAUAGGAUGGCUAAUUAUCUACGUAGCCUAAAUGAUGAAGAAACCAGACUGGCCGUUGUUUGUGAGAGGGCAUUUCUAGAGACCUUAGAUGGCUCCUGUCGAACUCCAAUUGCAGGCUAUGCGCACAGGGAUGAAGAUGGAAACUGUUUUUUCAGAGGUUUAGUAGCUUCUCCUGAUGGAACUCGAGUUCUGGAGACUUCAAGGAAAGGACCUUAUGCUCUUGAUGACAUGGUUGCAAUGGGUAAAGAUGCUGGAAAGGAAUUGAUAUCAAAGGCUGGGCCAGGCUUCUUUGAUUGGUAAUAUUUUCAAGCUUUGCGUUUGCGAGAGAUAGUUUGAUUAGAGUGUAGUUGGCGGUUCUCGGCUUCUUAGGAGUUGUUACUUAUUUAUUCUGA